GGUGCGGGGUCGUCCUGAUGGGGACGACGGGGGCGACCAACCGCCAGGACCUUUUUCUCGCUAACCUUCCGCGUCCUGCCCCCGGCCUGGUUUGGAAGGGGAGUCCCGCCGCGCCGCCCGGGCCGCCUGCAGCCCCUCUGGGAUGGAGGUCCUGGACGAGUUCGACAGCGAGUUACCCCAGAGUGUGACCUUCUGCCAGCUCAUCUCCGAGGAGGACUUCGAGAGGCAGGCGGCCACCUACACGGAGCGCGCGCUGCGCCGCCUCUUCCGCAGCAUUGACCGCAACCCCGCGCUGGCUGAGAGGGUGGCCAAGUUCUUCUGCGCAGUUCAAGGGGAGCUGAAUUGUUGCAACAGCAUGGGUACCCUGGAGAUGCACCAGCGCCUAGAGCAGCUGAAGAGGGGGAUCCACCGCGUGCACCUCUACUCCCAGGAUGCCAAGAAGAAGAGAAGAAAGCCAAAACUGAAGAAACCAGAACCUAUCCUCUUGAGAGACCGAUCAACCUCCCCAUGCCUGCCACCAGCCCUGCUGCCACCUCCCCCACUGCCGUCACCCGCCACCACCAUGGCCUCCGUGGUGGCCCCAUCGCCUCCCGUCUACACUAUGCCUAGGGUCUUUGGUCCUUUCCCUCCACUGCCCAGCAAGUCGAUGGAGAAGUUGGAGGUUGCAAGGUCAGAAGUGAAACUGAACUGGGCUGGCCUGUCAUCGAACCCAAAGAGACACAUGGUUGAUCUGACCCCCUUGGUCCUCAAUCCCGGAGGCUUCCAUUUCUCGUACCUGGCUGGAAACAGUGCACACAAGCUCCACUGCCCUGGCUUCCCCUGGACCUCGGCUUGUAGUGGCUCCCCCAAGACCGAAGAGACACCACUCUCUCCUGUGAAGGCCUCCAUCUUCUCCCCGCCUGUCUUGCUCAAGUUCCAGCCUGUGCCAAGACCCAAGGAUGACUCUGAGAACGACCCCAGCAGCACAGAGUCUGUGCCUCCCAAGAGGGGCCCAUAACCUCUUCCCUAGACCAUAGCUAGAGGAGUGAAUAAAG